AUGGAUUGGCUCCUUUUCAGAAACAUUUGCCUUUUGAUCGUCCUAAUGGUGGUGCUGGAAGUAAACAGUGAAUUUAUUGUUGAGGUGAAGGAAUUAGACAUUGAAAAUGGCACUACAAAAUGGCAAACUGUCAGGAGACAAAAGCGAGAGUGGAUCAAAUUUGCCGCAGCCUGUCGAGAAGGAGAGGACAACUCGAAGAGGAAUCCUAUUGCCAAAAUUCGAUCAGACUGCGAAUCAAACCAGAAGAUUACUUAUCGAAUCUCUGGGGUAGGGAUUGACCGACCGCCAUUUGGAGUGUUCACUAUUAAUCCACGCACUGGGGAAAUUAACAUCACUUCAGUGGUGGACAGAGAGAUAACUCCACUUUUCUUGAUCUAUUGUCGGGCUCUGAAUUCGAGGGGUGAAGAUUUAGAAAGACCUCUUGAACUUAGAGUCAAAGUUAUGGAUGUAAAUGACAACCCUCCAGUCUUUUCACAAAAUGUGUACACUGCCAGCAUUGAAGAAAACAGUGAUGCAAAUACACUAGUAGUAAAGUUAAGUGCCACAGAUGCGGAUGAAGAAAAUCAUCUAAAUUCUAAAAUUGCCUACAAGAUAAUCUCUCAGGAACCUGCAGGUGCACCAAUGUUCAUUCUGAACAGGUACACGGGAGAAGUCCGCACCAUGUCCAGUUUCCUUGACAGAGAGCAAUACAGUAUGUACAACCUACUUGUGAGAGGCUCAGAUCGGGAUGGAGCUACAGAUGGGCUGUCUUCUGAGUGUGACUGUAGAAUCAAAGUUUUAGAUGUCAAUGAUAAUUUCCCCACCUUAGAGAAAACUUCGUACUCAGCAAGUAUUGAAGAGAAUUGUUUAAGUUCAGAACUGAUACGAUUACAGGCGAUUGAUCUUGAUGAAGAAGGCACUGAUAAUUGGUUGGCAAAAUAUUUAAUCCUCUCUGGAAAUGAUGGGAAUUGGUUCGAUAUUCAAACAGACCCACAAACCAAUGAAGGCAUUUUGAAAGUGGUCAAGAUGCUGGAUUAUGAACAAGCACCUAAUAUUGAUCUCAGUAUUGGAGUUAAAAACCAAGCUGAUUUUCACCACUCAGUUGCUUCUCAAUUCCGAAUGCAUGCAACCCCCGUGAGAAUUCAGGUUAUUAAUGUGAGGGAAGGACCCACAUUCCAUCCAAAUUCUAUGACUUUUAGUGUGCGGGAAGGAAUAAAAGGAAAUUCCUUACUGAAUUAUGUACUUGGCACAUACACAGCCGUAGAUUUGGACACAGGAAAUCCUGCAACAAAUGUCAGGUAUAUCAUUGGGCAUGAUGCAGGCAGGUGGCUAAAAGUUGAUUCAAGGACUGGUGAAAUACAAUUUUCUAGGGAAUUUGACAAGAAGUCAAAAUAUAUUACCAAUGGAAUAUACACAGCAGAGAUCCUGGCUGUAGAUGAUGGCUCUGGAAGAACAGCUACAGGAACCAUAUGUAUCGAGGUUCCUGAUAUCAAUGACUACUGUCCAGACAUUUUUCCUGACACAAGCUCCAUCUGCAUUGCCUCUCCAUCUGUCCUCAUCUCUGUCAGUGACCAUUCUUAUGGGUCUCCCUUUACCUUCUGUGUUGUUGACCAACCACCAGGGACAGCUGACAUGUGGGAUAUCAGAUCACAAAAUGCUACCUCUGCAAUCCUUAUGGCUGAGCAGACUCUAUCUCCAGGACCUUACCAAAUCCCAAUCCUAGUGAAGGACAGCUAUCACAGAGUAUGUGAAUUCGCCCAGAUCGUGCAGUUAGAUGCCUGCUACUGUGACAGCAACCACAUGUGCUGGGACUCUAGUGCCACAGGCAUCCACAGCGGGGACAUUACCAGUGACCCAUACGGGACUGUCACUGAAGACCAAACCGGGGUCUCGAAUGUUGGUCUGGGACCAGCAGGGAUUGGCAUGAUCGUGUUGGGCCUCCUGCUACUGCUUUCGGCGCCACUCUUGCUGCUCAUGUGUUGCUGCAAACGGAGACAACCAGCAGGCCUGGGAACAAGGUUUGCUCCUGUGCCCGAGGGGGGAGAAGGCGUGAUACAGUCUUGGAGAAUAGAAGGGGCCCAUCCCGAGGACAGGGAUGUGUCAAAUAUAUGUGUACCCGUGACAGCCUCAAAUACCCAGGAUCGUAUGGAUUCCUCUGAAAUCUACACCAACACCUAUGCAGCAGGAGGCACAGUGGAAGGGGGCAUAUCAGGAGUGGAACUCAACACAGGGCUUGGGACAGCUGCUGGCCUUGUGGCUACAGGAGCCUCCAGGAAGAGGAGUUCAACUAUGGGAACCCUGCGGGAAUAUGCUGACACCGGUGUCAACAUGGCUUUCCUGGACAAUUACUUCUUAGAGAAAGCAUAUGCUUAUGCAGAUGAGGAUGAAGGCCGCCCAGCCAACGACUGCUUGCUCAUUUACGACCACGAGGGAGUAGGGUCUCCCGUGGGCUCUAUUGGUUGUUGCAGUUGGAUUGUAGAUGAUUUAGAUGAAAGCUGCAUGGAAACUUUAGAUCCAAAAUUUAGGACUCUUGCUGAAAUCUGCUUAGACACAGAAAUCGAACCAUUUCCUUCACACCAGGCCUGCAUACCAAUCAGUACCGACCUCCCCUUGCUCGGACCCAAUUACUUUGUGAAUGAAUCUUCAGGAAUGACUCCCACAGAAGCUGAAUUCCAAGAAGAGAUGGCACUAUCUGAACCCAUGAUGCCUGGAGAUAUCAUAGUGACUGAGACUUACACCACCUCUGAUCAAUGCGUGCAACCCACUACUAUUAUUUUUGAUCCUCAGCUUGCACCCAAUGUUGUUGUAACGGAAACAGUAAUGACACCUGUCUAUGAUAUUCAAGGGAAUCUUUGUGUGCCUGCUGAGUUAGCCAACACACACAAUGUCAUCUAUGCUGAGAGAGUCCUGGCCAGUCCUGGUGUGCCUGACAUGAGCAGUUCCAGCAUGGCUGAUGGUUGUAUGGGACCUGUGAUGAGUGGUAGUAUUUUGGUAGGGCCAGAAAUUCAAGUGAUGCAAAUGAUGACUCCAGACAUUCCCAUAAGCCAAACCGGCGACUGCACAUCCCCAGUGACAUCGCGACACAGAGUAACACGAUACAGUAACAUACAUUACUCACAACACUAA